GGGCGUGUGUAACUAACGUUACCAUGAAAUACUGUGGUAGGUUUGGUUUGCGAGUAUAUCUUGAACUGGGAGUUUUGCAAGUUCGGAUAUUGCACCAGGUUGAUGGAGAAGAAUGGCCCGAAUUUCGUUGGACUGUUCCAACUCUUUACCAGGGAUCCCCCUCAGUGUGCUGUCAGUGCCCAUGGAGAAUAAGUACAAAUGUCAGCAGUGUCUCCAGGUCCUGAGGAAGCCUGUCCAGGCUCAGUGUGGCCACCGCUUCUGUGUACACUGCUUCAAGCAGCUCACCAGUUCUGGGCCAAAGCCUUGUGAAGCCUGCCGCCAAGAGGAGAUAUAUGAGGAACCUAUUUCCAUUCUAAACUGCAAUGAGGCAUUUCCAGACAACGCUGCAGGUCGAGAAAUAGCAAGUCUGCCUGCCAGGUGUUUGAAUCAGGGCUGCAAAUGGACAGGCUCAAUUAAAGAGUAUGAGGCACAGCAUGAAGGUCACUGUGAAUUUGAGCGGAUACGGUGCGAGGCCUGCCAAACCUUAAUCCUCCGUACGGAGAAGGACCGACAUAAUGAGAGAGAAUGUGAAGUGAGAACGCUCAACUGUAAAUACUGCAAAAUGACCUUCAACUUCAAAGACAUCAAGGCUCAUGAUGAGAUUUGUCUGAAGUUUCCCCUACAUUGCAAGGACUGCGGCAGGAAGAAGAUCCCAAGAGAAAAGUUCAGUGACCAUAGCAAGUCCUGUGGUAUGUCAAAGAGUGCCUGUCCAUUCAGUGAAGUGGGCUGUAAAUCUGUGAUAGAGAACGGGAAGCUCAGCGACCAUGAGCACAGCAGCACCAUGGAGCACUUGCGUCUGCUGCUGCCCAUGGUGCUGUCCAUGGCUCGGACGCGUGCUGACGCCGCUGGUCCCGGGGAGUGGCAGGAGGACUCUGGUCUGGGCCUGUACAGGGCUCCUGAGGAGGGAGUCAAUAUGGGCGCUGGAGCUGCAGCCGCCGCGCAGUCGGUGGACUUGGAAAAAAAGGUGAACGCUUUAGAAAACAUCGUGUGCGUCCUGAACCGAGAGGUGGAGCGCAGUUCGGUUACGCUGGAGGCCUUCUCACAUCAGCAUCGUUUAGACCAGGAAAAAAUUGAAAACCUCUCCAACAAAGUGCGACAGCUAGAGCGGACGGUCACUAUGAGAGACUUACAGCUGUCUGAAACUGAACAGAUAUACAAAGAACUCCAGUUCUGCACCUACGAUGGGAUAUUUGUGUGGAAAAUCUCCGAAUUCUCACGCCGCAGACAGGAUGCUGUGGCCGGUCGAGCACCUGCAAUGUUCUCCCCAGCAUUUUACUCCAGCAAGUACGGAUACAAAAUGUGUCUGAGGCUGUAUUUGAACGGCGAUGGGACGGGGCGAGGAACACACCUUUCGCUGUUCUUUGUCGUCAUGAGGGGCAAGUGCGACGCGCUGCUCAAGUGGCCGUUCAGUCAGAAGGUGACUCUGAUGCUCUUGGAUCAGAACAACAGGGAGCACAUCAUUGAUGCUUUCCGCCCUGAUGUCACCUCCACCUCCUUUCAGCAGCCAAUCAGUGAGAUGAACAUCGCCAGUGGCUGCCCGCUCUUCUGUCCACUGGCCAAACUGGCUGGCAAGAGCCCGUAUCUGAGAGAUGAUACAAUCUUCAUCAAAGCCAUUGUAGACCUUACAGGCUUAUAGGGUGUGGACUGUGGAAGUUACACCAAAGCAUCAAAUAUGUAUAAGAGAAAACUUAAUACUAAUGAAUAAUAGUAAUAAUAAUAAAUAUAUAUAUAUAUAUAUAUAUUCCAAUACAUAUGAUUAUACCAUAUCUACCCUAAAGAAUGUCAUCAAGGUGUUGGGAGUGUCACAUUAUGACUGAUAUACAAGGGUGUGUAAAAUAACAAUCAUGGUGAAGGCUCUAAUGAUUAUGGAAAUCCAUAUUUAGUGAAUAAAUGAAUCAUGACCCAGUGGAUGGAGCCACUGCCACGUCACACCCGAGCGUUAUACAAGUUUAGCCAUUUCUGUUAUUUUGCUCAUGUCUCUUUAAGGCAGCACCUGGCUCACGGCACACAGAAACACAACGCCGUCGGCUGGUGGUGUGCAGAUAAAGAGCUCUGGGUGUCAGUAACACGAAGAGCUGCUGAAUUCAAUAUCUCUCAGAGGUCAUCUGUCAUCCUCACAUGAUCCUCUUGGCAUUCAAAUGAAAUGUUCUAACUUAAAUUAUACAACAACUAUAUGUAUCAAAUACCUUCUUUAUAUAUACAGUAUAUGCAUACUAUAAUAAUUCUAAUACUCCGGUCUCAGCUUUGCAUUGUGUGCUUCUUAACAUCUGUCUCAAACAUGCAAAAGAAGAAUUCAGUGAGUUCUAACAAAAGAAAUGAAUUACCAACAGGGCUUUCAGGCCACUUUUCAUCGUGUGGAUAACGAAUCAUUUUGAGUCAUGUAGUAUAAGACAACAACUUGCUGAGUAAGGUAGAGAAUGAGAAUGUGUUGGACAGACCACCAAUACAAAACUGUAGUUAAGUUCAUAGCAAAGAACAGGAAUUUACUCAUGUAGAAAGAACACAUACACUUAUACUUCCUGCUUAACUCAGUGCUACUAAUAACUUGAAACCUUGGUAGCUGAUAUUCACCCUAUACUAUAUCCACCUCCAUUUAUGAAUUCAUUAUACAUUAUUCAUGAGUAUAGUUUCCUUACUAAUAAUACUUUGGUGUAGUUUUUGAUUAUACAUGUAUAACAUGCUUCCUAAAUUUUCUUUGGACAUUUAUGAUGGGUGACAGAAUUAAAGCCCUGUAUCAUGCUACAUAAAUAAAAGUGAUCUGUGUGUUUACACGUUAAAA